AGUGGCGGCGGCCGCGGGGCGGGGCGGCGGCGGUCGCGCCAUGGCGCUGUCGCCUUACGUACAGGCCAUGCAGGAGCUGUUCCGCGCCAACACGCGGAGCCGCGAGUUCCCGGCGCACGGAGCCAAGGUGCAUUCGGUUGCCUGGAGCUGCUGCGGCCGCCGCCUCGCGUCCGGCUCCUUCGACAAGACCGCCAGCGUCUUCCUGCUCGAGAAGGACCGGCUGGUGAAGGAGAACAACUACCGGGGCCAUGGGGACAGCGUGGACCAGCUCUGCUGGCACCCCAGCAACCCUGACCUCUUUGUCACAGCAUCCGGGGACAAAACCAUCCGCAUCUGGGAUGUCCGCACCACCAAGUGCAUUGCUACCGUCAAUACCAAAGGGGAGAACAUCAACAUCUGUUGGAGCCCUGAUGGACAGACCAUUGCAGUAGGGAACAAGGAUGACGUGGUCACCUUCAUUGAUGCCAAGACUCAUCGCUCUAAAGCUGAGGAACAGUUCAAGUUUGAGGUCAAUGAGAUCUCUUGGAACAAUGAUAACAACAUGUUCUUCCUCACUAAUGGGAAUGGUUGCAUCAACAUUCUCAGCUACCCGGAGCUGAAACCCAUUCAGUCCAUCAAUGCCCAUCCUUCAAACUGCAUCUGUAUCAAGUUUGAUCCCAUGGGGAAAUACUUUGCCACGGGCAGUGCCGAUGCGUUGGUCAGCCUCUGGGACGUGGAUGAACUUGUGUGUGUGAGGUGCUUCUCACGGCUUGACUGGCCCGUGCGAACGCUGAGCUUUAGCCAUGAUGGGAAGAUGCUGGCGUCGGCAUCAGAAGAUCACUUCAUUGACAUUGCAGAGGUGGAGACAGGAGAGAAGCUCUGGGAGGUGCAGUGCGAGUCCCCCACCUUCACAGUGGCCUGGCACCCGAAGAGGCCACUGUUGGCCUUCGCCUGUGACGACAAAGAUGGCAAAUACGACAGCAGCAGGGAGGCAGGAACUGUCAAGCUCUUUGGGCUCCCCAAUGAUUCCUAAUGAAUCUGUACUGGGGGAGCCAGUGCUUGCUUGCCCUCUUGAUGGGGGGGUGCUUAAUUAGUGUAGGUCAGGGUCAGGAAGUGGCUCCCCUCUUCUACCUGCUUGGCAGUGCUGGGACCUCAGGCUCAGCUCUGCGCAUUCUGUUCUCAGGAGCAUCGGUGAAAAAGCAGCUCGUGCUGGGGAGGAUGGGGGGUACGAGCAGGGCCUCCCUUGCCCUCUGAGGACUGCUGCCUCCUCUCUGGGACAUGGGGGGGGGGGGGGUGUGAGUUUGCUUCGAAGGCAGGUGGCCAAAGAAAUUGUGUCACUGGAGGUGACUGCUGAGGAGCCUCCCAUGAGAGGAGACCUGCACAGGCCAGGCUCCCCAGCAGUGCUCAGCUACGUGAUGUCCCCUUGGUCCCAAAGUCUGGGGAGCAUAGCCUGUCCCUUCACCUCCCGCAUGUCCUGUGUUGCCUCCCUGCACUGAGGCAGCAAGGGGAGGGUGGGGGGAUGUGAACUGGGGGAUGUUUCCCCAUCUGGGGCUUUUUUGUUUGUUUCUUUUGUGUUUUUUUUAAAUUAUGUGGUUGGUUUUUCUAAUUUUGAUAAAUCCUCUUCAAUAACGAA